AUGGGUCCUCUUUACCUCAAUCUGUGUCCUGGGUGGUGUUUUACUACCAACAUCAGUCAACAUAAGAAUGGAAGAAUAAUAGUGGGGUGGGAUCCAGAUGCUUUUGAAGUUAACAUCAUCUCUAUGAGCCCCCAACUUGUCCACUGUCAUGUAACUGCUAAACCAAGUGGCAAUAAGUUUUAUUGCACCUUCAUAUAUGGCUACUCAAAUAAGAAAGGGAGGGAAUCCCUUUGGAUGGAUCUUUGCUCUCUUGCAACUAUGAUCUCUUCAGCUUGGGUGAUCAUGGGGGACUUCAAUGCUAUUAUGGCAAUUGAAGACAGGAUUGGUUCUACUUCAAAACUGUGGGGAGACAUUAUACCUGGACCAACAAACAAGAUGGUUCAGCUAGAGUGUUCACUAGAAUUUAGGGUUCUUGCUAACAAUCAAUGGGAGGACACUUUCCCAUCUGCUGAAGCUGCUUAUUUACCUGAAGAAGAAUUGGACCACUGUCCUAUGAUCUUGAGUUGCUAUAAAACUGUCCAGCAGAAGAAGCCCUUCAGGUUCUACAAUAUGUGGAUCCAUUCUGAUAAGUUCAUGCCCUUGAUUGAAACAAACUGGAAAAAAGAUGUUCAUGGCUGCCACAUGUUUAGAGUUCUACAGAGAUUGAAAUGGAUCAAAGUAGAAUUGAAGAUUCUGAAUAAAUCUGGGUUUGAUGUAGUGGAAGCUACUGAUAUUAAUACCCAUGCUGAACUCCUUGUGGCUCAGAAUGCUCUCCAUGCUGCACUUGGUGACAGCCAGUUAGCUACUGAGGAGAAAGAAGCUAAUGCAGCCUACCAACAGGCUCACCAGAAUUAUCUAUCCUUCCUUCCUCAAACAGCCAAACUCAAAUGGCUUGAACUAGGAGAUGAAAACUCUAGACUCUUUCAUUUGAGUAUAAAACAAAGGAGGAAGCAGAACAAGAUCAACUCUAUUCAUGAUCAAGAGGUGAAUUGGGUUCAGUCCAGUGAUGGGGUUCAAAAUGCUUUUACUCAAUUCUAUACCACACUCUUUGGUGUAACCAUGGAAAAUAGGACUGCAGUGAAGACAAUUGUGAUAGAUCAAGGGGCUAGACUGAAUGAGGAUCAUCUAGCUAUUUUGAGAGCUCCAAUAGAUUAA